GCGUCUUUCUUCAAUGCCUGAAUGUGUUGUGGUAUCACGGGCAUGGACAUAGAGGCCUACAGCUCCUUACUGGACCACUCCUGGCUUACCUUCCGCCAGCAGCUGCUGGACGCUUUCCCCAAAAGCGCAGCGGGCCCGGAGCCCGCGGCGCCCGAGCUGCCGAAGGCUGGGAGCAACAGCAGCGAGCCCAAGGAACCCAAGUCCCGGCCCUCCGUCUACAGCACUGGCCAUGCCACAGAGCUGUUCCGCUCCAGCCUGGAGGGCCGAUCUGAGGGGGAGCAAAUGUCCAUCAGAAGACGGCUGCGCCUGCGGCUGGGGGUCAUCUCCCCCAAGGCGCUGGUUUCAGGAAAGGGCCUCCUGGAUGCAGUCUCGGCAUUGGGCUUGACACGCUACACUGAGGAGGAUGCGAACGACAUGGUGAACCUGCUUGCGGACUUCAUUGAUCUCGAGUUUGAGCCGGAGCUCCACAAAGCCAACCAGGUGAACGGGCUCAGGAGCAAGAGCUUUGACCAAGGUCUGGGCAAACCAAUCUGGGCCUGGCCCAAGAGCGACAACUUCCGCCAGACAGCUCAAAUGGGCAUGAACGCCUUUGCGGAACCCACCGCAAGUCGAUCCUACAACGUGGUGCCCUCGCAGCCCUUGAUCGAGCUCUUCCUUGCCCAAGAGAGCGACGUCCACAGGAGGAUCUUUGGCCAGAGGCUGCUGAAGCAGUUUCAAGCCAUGAAGGAGAUUUUGUUGGCCGGGGAUACCAACCGCCUCGUUGCGGAGCUCACUUUUGUGCGCAUCAAUGAUUUGGCAGCCCCGCCCGAGCCGAUCCAUCCUAUCAUGUAUUUGGAGCCUUUGGUGGCGGUGCUUAUUGUUGGCAAUGGGGUCAUGAUCGGCUUUCAGACCGACCCCAGCUACAAGGACUGGCAUGGAUGGCCCUAUGUAGAGAUUGCCUUCGCAAGCUUUCUCGUACUGGAAAUUUUUCUGCGGGCCUAUGUGCUGAGAUGUGCCAACUACUGGUGCGGAUCCGAGAAGUUCUGGAAUUGGUUUGAUUUGUUUCUGGCAGCAACAGGCAUUUCAGACAUCGCUGCACAGCUGAUAGCGCAAGAAAAAUCGGAUAUCGCCGGCACGUCCUUGCUCCGCUUUUGCCGGCUGAUCCGCCUUGUGCGCAUCGUGAAGGUCUUCCGUAUCAAGAUCAUGCGGGAUCUGAGGUUGAUGGUGAAAGGACUCAUCGCCGGAAUCCGCACCCUUGCUUUAGCCUUCAUUCUGCUCUUCACGGUGCUCUAUGUCAUCUCGGGCUUUGCAACGAUGACCAUAGGCUCCAGUGAGCGGACGACAGAGAUUGGUCUUUUGAUCUACUUUGAGAGCAUUCCAGCCUCCAUGUUCACAGCAUUCAGGUGCUUCACCGGAGAGUGCGUGAACGAUGCGGGCCAGCCCAUUCACUCGCUCCUCGCCUCGGAGUUCGGCUUGCUUUUCAUCAUGGGCUACGUGGCUAGCUAUAUGCUGGUGACCAUGGGCAUUUUUAACGUCAUCCUGGCAGUCUAUGUGGACAUAACCAUGAAGGCGGCCAAGGAGAAUGACGCCCUGACUGCUGAACAGUAUUCGCGCGAAUCAGUGCGAAUCGCCCGGACGACGCGGGAGCUCCUCAAGAAGUUUUCGACGGCGUAUCACACCUUCAUUGAGGACACGGAUGUUGAGAAGACGCCUUGCCUGAAAAGCAUGGAUUCCCCCAUGGUCUACACAGAAGAUGGCAUGGACAAAGUGGCCAUCAGCAAGGAGUUGUUCCUCAUGGUCAUCCAAGACCGAACUGUGCAGACGCUGAUGGACGAGCUGGACCUGCCGCACGACCGCGCCAAUCUCUUCGAGAUUAUCGAUGCUGAUGGCAGCGGCACGCUGCAAAUCACCGAGCUCCUGCAGGGUCUUCUGAAGAUUCGCGGAGAAGUCAGUAAAAGUGACACCGUGGCCACUUUACUCGCCACCAAGGCUGUGCAGAGCAUGGUUUGCGAAAUGAAGGAGGAGAGCGCGCUGCUGAAGACGACGCUGAAGGCAGAGAUGAACCUGCUGCAGCAGAUGCAACAGAACCUUCUGCGCAGCCUGCUGCAAGCCCCGCGGCUUCCGGGAGAGCCGAACCCUUCACCGGAAAGCCUGGAAGACCUUCCAAAAGCCGACCUUCCGCACAAGGCGCAGCCAAAGCUGCGGUGGGAGCCAUCGCAGCAUCCUGAGAUGCUCGCGGAGCCUGGGGAACCAGACUUCAGCUGAGCAGGUUUCAGCGCCCGGUGAUGUUUCGCCGGGCUGCUAAGGGUCUAGCUGGGCCUAUGUUGGGUGCUCGGACGGAAGAGGACC